CCACUUUCCUCCAGAUAUUGCAGAUCUUUCGGGAAUCAAGAGUUAAUGAGAUCACAAAAAAAUGGACCAACGUCAGCGGGACCAAGCGAAUACAACGCAGCUAUUGGGUCGUGGUAGACCAUUGGGGAAUAACAACAUGAGCAACUCAGCUGAUGGAACCAACGUCACGGUUAUGAACCCUAAACGUUUGGAUGAUAUUGAGGUCUUAGAGACCUGUGAUGAUAGCCGACCAGGUUCGGUUGUUCCAACAUGGUCCAGCACUGUUUCAAGCAGCGGUUACUACAGCCCAACACCAGAUCUAGAGCACGAGUUUCUCCGGUCUAUCUGUGUAAGACAGGCAUCAAUGGAGAAGCGUCUUGAAAACAUCGAGGCGCAAGGGGCCAGACAAGAGCAAAGUCAAGCAGCACUUGAAAGAAGUACCAGGGAGACAAACACCCUUGUCAAACAGCUAUUAGACAAUCACGACAACAAAGCACAUGUUGACCGCACCUUUUGUGACACCUUAUGCCAGAGAUUAGAAAAAUUAGAGAAUACCAUAUCUCGCUGUGUGCAACCCUCAAAGCUUCAAGAAAUAAGGGAUGACAUACAUACCAUUUGUGAAAAGUUGAAAAAGACCCCUACUGACGGCAACUGGAAAGAACUGGUACAAUCUCUCGAACUAGAAGCUGAACAUUUGAACCUUGAAGUGACAAUUCUAAAAGUGGAAGGUAUUCUCCACGAUCUGAGAAGAAAAUUACAAGCCUCACCAUCACUGUCCCCAAGUCGUGGACAAACUCCAUUGACCAGUCCAGAGGAAGUAGACAGCGUGCUUCAGAAAUUGAAGGAGGUUAAAAUCUCAGAGGGCAGGAUUAAGAACUCGGCAGAAAUUGAGGGGAACGGGAAUCAUUCUUUCCUCUGCGGAAACCACGCAACUUUCAACUUCCCUAGAGAUCAGGUAGAAGGAGCACUGGGGCAGCAGCUGUCAGACGUCGUCCUACAACCAGGGCGUCUUCCAGGGCGUUGCCAGAGCAAAGGAGGGACGGCCAUGACCAUUUUAAUACAGGUACAUUCGAAGUAA